CGCUACCGACUCGAUCCAGCCACGUUCCAUCUUCCUCCUUUUCCUCGGUUUCUUCGACCUCAUAAUUUCACACCAUCGCCCAUCUUCAUUUCUUCUCUCUCUCUCUCUCUGUAUCUUCCCUACCAAGAUGGGCCUUUCAUGGAGCAACCCCAGAAGAAGAAGCUACCCGUACCCACCGCCUCAUCACCACCCGUACUACUACUCCGCGGACCCCCACCGCCCUCCUCCUCCUCCUCCUCCGCCACUCCCGCCGCCGCCGAAUGGCUACUUCUCCGCCCCUCCUUACCCUCCGCCCCACCAUCACCCCGCUUACCCCGCGUACCCUCCUCCGCUGCCCUCCUACUGCGGCCCAGUCUCGUACGGCUCGUGCGGCUACUCGGGCCCCGUGGUGGGUCGGGUCGGCCACCACCCCUACUACGCGAAUCAGGCCAGCGGGUGGCCCGCGGUUCCGCCCGCGACGGCGACGGCGGCAGCGGCGGCGGCGGCGGCGGCGCCUCCGACGGCCUACGUGGAACAUCAUCAGAACGCCAAGAAAGUGAGGAACGUGGUGAAUGUGCACAAGGACACGAUCAGGGUCGAGAUCGACGAGCACGACCCGAAUUGCCACCUGGUGUCUUUCUCGUUCGACGCGUUACAUGAUGGAAGUAUUACAAUCUUAUAUUUUGGCAAGGAAGAGUCCAAUUGUCGAUUGGUUCCCCUGUUUCCUGAAAACUUUGGGCCUGUGAAAUUCCAAUUUCAAAAAGGACUCAAUCAAAAAUUUCGUCAGCCUUCAGGGACUGGCAUUGACUUAGGCUUCUUUGAAUUGGAUGAUCUCUCAAAACCAUCUCCUGGAGAGGAUGUGUUUCCUCUUGUCAUAUCUGCUGAAACAUGCAUACAGCCUCAUUCAGUGGAUGACCAUUUAGUUAAUCCAGUGCUGAACUCCUCCUCUCAUGCGCAAACAACUCAGGCUGUUCUGGAGAAAAAUAAUGGUGGUCCUUUUCAUGUAAGAGUUAUCAAGCAACUUCUCUGGGUGGAUGGAGUUCGUUACGAGCUACGUGAGUUAUAUGGGUUAGGGAGCUCUUCAGCAGAAGGUUAUAACGACAAUGAUUCAGGGAAGGAAUGUAUAAUUUGCAUGACUGAGCCAAAGGAUACUGCCAUUUUACCGUGCCGACAUUUGUGUAUGUGCAAUGAGUGCGCCAGAGCAUUGAUGCAUCGGUCAAAUAAGUGCCCCAUAUGCCGUCAACCAAUCGAGGAACUGAUAGAGAUCAAGUUUGCCGGUGUUGAGAGGUCGUCGUCAUAGUCUGAGAAUGCUUGAGCUUGGAAAGAAGACCUGCACAUAUGUGUACAGAUGCAUCAGCAAGGAGCAGACGUUAGCUUUUAUUCACGACAACUCUUUUGUGUACUUUUAUAUUGAGCUGAGCUACUUGAUAAUGGUGCUGAGAGCAGUCCUUGUACAAAUGACACUGCUUUCCCCACUCACCCAAGUGUAGCGUGUAUGGUGUGAAAAGAAUUGUAGUUUGUAAGCACUAGUUGUAUGUGUCCUCAUAGUUAUCAGUGGUUUUUGUGAUUAAUUGAGAAACCACCGGUAUUUGUUUGGAAGGGACUUAAGCAACGCAUUUUCUGUUA